AUAUUAUAACUCAGCAGACAACAUUGUAAAUUAUAACAGCAUGACAGAGGAAGACGAAAGCAGUGACAAAGAGAUGAACUUGCUUAUGAAAUGGAGUAAUGGGAUUUCCUUUGUUGCAGGAUCACCUGGUGUAGAAUUAAUGAAAAGAUGCAGCGAGAUGUUGCUGACUGCAUCAAAAUCUGUGCUGGUAAAUACAACUUACACUACUUAGAGUACUUAGACCGGGGGUCUCAAACUCGCGGCCUGCGGGUCAUUUGCGGCCCGCAAGACGAUAUUUUGCCGCCCGCGACAAGACAGCAAAUUUAGUGUUAAUGCGUCCCGCGUGUUUUCCCCAUUCUCAUACCUAUAAUGUGACCCUCCGCGAUGGUUUCAGUCGAAUCUCACCAACUAGUCUAAUUCUAAUUUUUCUUAUUUUUGUAUAGAAUUGGACUUGAUUAUAAUAGUAAAAACCGUUUAAAAUCAGAAUUUGUAGAAUUUUAUGCGACAAACAUGGCCAAAGUGCAGUUUUGAGAAAACACGCUUAGAAUAUUAUAUAUACAUAUUUCAAAAUUUUUAAAAGUCAGUUAGUGGAUAAUGCCGAUAAUGCACAACCAUAAUUGUGUAAAUCGUAGUAAUCCGACACAGUAUCAAAGAAUCCCUAUUACUAUUACAAUUACCGCUAAUGUUUACGAGUGAGGGAAAUUCCGAACCUGUCAGCUUGGUCACUUGUGCUGUCAGGUCACUGGCAUCAAGCAGUAGGAUGAAGAAAGUGAAGCCUAUUUUUUGAGAACCCUUAAUGUUUUUAUUUGUUAUAACUAAAGGUUGAGCAGAUUGUAACAGUUGUACUUUAUUGAAUUUGUAAUCACUUUUUUGUGGAACACUUGAUGCCGCCCAGUCUCACAAAGACUCUGCCUCCUGCGGCCCAGUCUCACUCAGACUCCACCUCCUGCGACCCAGUCUCACUCAGACUCUGCCUCCUGCGGCCCAGUCCCACUCAGACUCUGGCUCCUGCGGCUCAGUCUCACUCAGACCCUGCCUCCUGCGGCCCAGUCUAACUCAGACUCACCUCCUGCGGCCCCGUAUGAUUUGAGUUUGAGACCCCUGACUUAGACUUAGUACUUAGUACUACAAAUUGAUUUCAAUUAUUGAAAAUAAAAUAAUAUUAAUUAAAUUUUAUAUAUACUAUUUAAUUUUAAUUUACUCAUUUACCAACUAUUGGUUGAAUAUUGACAUAAUAUAAUAAUAUUAGUAUUAGUAUUAUUAUAUUAUUCUAAUAGUUUAACUAGGCUUAGGCUUAACUACUUAACUAAUUUAACUUAGGCCUAAACUCAAAAAAAUUAAAAACACUAUCUAUGGUCUAUACUCAACACAGUCUAUAGUCUAAAAAAUAGCAAUUUUUCAGUAUAUAUAUAAUAUAGGUUCAUUGAGAGUGAGAGCUUCUAACACAUAAGUUUUUUAUCUUUAAUUCUUCACUGUUUCUUAUUUUGCCUACUGAAGAAGGCAUCUAGCCCAAAUGUCCUUUUAAUUUAUAAUGAUUUUCAUUUGAAGUCUAAACAUAUCUUGUUCUAAUAUUUCCUUCACUAGGCUUGAACUCGGUCCGUCAUAUGUUAUCUCUCAGUAUUACCAGUAAUAGUAUAACUGGAGCAUAGUUAGGCUAAAUCAUAGUGCUGUUUUUGGUUUAGCAAUGAUGUUAAUGUUACGAAAUGUUAUGAGGUGCUGGGUGGCCGAGCGGUCUAAACUGUCUCAAACCAAAUAGUUGGUGAUCUGGAGUUCAAUCCCCACCAAAGGCAACAUCGCAGCACCCCGGGUGGAUGGGACUCUAAGCCUUGGAUGGCAACCCAUCUAACAGAAGGCAAACUCUGAAUUUAAACCAGGAGCCAGAAUGAUCAACAAAUUGAUUGUGGGCCCCUCAAAUAUAAGAAGAAGAAGAAAUUUGUCAAUCUCACUUUUCUCAGUAUGAUUAGAUUUUUUGAUGACUUCUCAUAGUUUCAACCCUUAAAAUUAUGGUAAAUAUAAUUAUAACUACAGUAGAAACUUGUGAUUUGGCCUAUAGACUUUUAUUUUACUUUUACUUCUAGCUUUUCUCUUAUUAACUUUAAGGCAUAGAGUGCAUAUAUCUAAAAAAAAAAACAAAAAAAAAAAAAUCUAAGGGAACAGUGUGCUGCAGCUCAGUACGAAAGUUGUCUUUUGGGUAGUAUAUUUAAAAAUAUAAUUAUAACUACAUUAGAAACUUGUGAUUUGGCCUAUAGACUUUUAUUUUACUUUUACUUCUAGCUUUUCUCUGAUUAACUUUAAGGCAUAGAGUGCAUAUAUCUAAAAAAAAAACAAAAAAAAAAAAAUCUAAGGGAACAGUGUGCUGCAGCUCAGUACGAAAGUUGUCUUUUGGGUAGUAUAUUUAUUUGUUCAUUGUUUUUAGAUUUGACAUAAUUUACUAGAAAGACCCAGAAGUAAAAUGUUUUGUCUGCAUCAUUACAACACUCAUUUUUCUGCAUCAUUACAACACUAAUUUUUCUGCAUCAUUACAACACUAAUUUUUCUUCACCUCUCAAUGACCUAAAACUUAGCCAGCGUGUACAAGACCCAAAGAUUUCCAAAAGAUAUUUUAAAAAGUUAGUUUUUAUUCCAUUGUUAUAAACUUUGAGGUUUUAAUACUUUCCAUUAAAUACUGUCAGCAAUGAACUUAAAACGAUUUAAAAAAAAAAAUUGAAAGUAAUGAUUAUGUAUGUCACAUGUAGUUUUAUGAUAUUAAAAUUAGUGGAUGUCAUUAAUUCAUAAUUGCAAUGUAUUGGAAUGUAUGUUUAAGGGGGGCAUUGGCAUUGAAAAAUAAAAUGUAGCCAUUCACUUAUUAUUAAAUAUCCAGAAUUAUAAAAAAUGUCAGGAACAAUUUGAAAAUUGACUGAGAAUUAUCAUGAAUUAUUAUUUUUCCCCAGCUGUUGAAAAUGAGUUAGUUCAAACAUGACAUUUCAUGACGGGUUAAAUAUACUUUUGAAAACUGCUGGUAAUAUGUAUUUGUAAAAAGUUAUCUCUUAUCCUUUUGAUGAAUUUCAUUUGCAAUUUAAUAUGACGAAAAUGAGUUGUCUGGACUCAUUUUAUUUUUCUUUGUUUCCACCAGGGUUCUUCAACAAUUGAUAUUGGAAACUUAUUUCGAUAUGGAGCUGAACAAGGAGAUGCAGAUUUUAGAGAGCAGCUUUCAUGUUUUUUAAGUCAUGAAUACCGAGAUAAAGUAAAAAGGUAAGAAUUAAAAUACCUUAUCUUUUAUUAAUAUUUCAUUUUAGUACAAAUGGCUAAGAAAAGUUGUUAAUCCUGGUUGGAUGAAAAUAGCUCUGAGCUUUAUUAAUAGGAAAUGAAAAUAUUUUUCCAUCCCGCAAAAUGUACAUUUAGCUCCACAACACAUAAUUUUGAAUUAAUAUUCACAGUGUCAUAAUCUGUAUGUGAAUAAAGAACAAAGAAGAAACUUCUUCAAGCCUAAAAGUGAUGAUUCAUAUUAUAAUUUUGCUUAUUACUAAAACACUUUGUUUUUGUUACCAGUGCUAAUUUAAUGGUUACAGCCGGGGCCACACAAGGUCUCCACGCCAUCUUGUCUUUACUGUGUGACAAGGCAAGUCCUAUCUUCGUAGAAGAUCCCAGUUAUUUCUUUGCUGUUCGAAUGAUAAGAGAUGAUCUUCAAAUGAACCUUGUUCCUGGUAACGCUUGUUUUAAAAAAAAAUAAUAUCAUUACUUAAACUGAUAAUUUACAUAAUGUGAGCUACUCCAUAUAAUUUUGAAAUUAAAUAUUUAAAAAAAAAAAGUUUAUUGGUUGCCAUUUAAAAAAAAAAAUCAUCCAUUUAUUUCAAUUGGUACAGUAUAUAUUAAACCAAUUUUGCUCUGAUUAUUUCGCAAACAGUUCCUUGUGAUGAGUGUGGGAUUAAUCCAGAACUUCUUGAUCAGUUUUUAAUUGCACAUAAGCGUGAAUUUUAUAAGGGGAACAACAGCAACAUCAACAAACGCUAUACACGAUUUUGGGCAGCCGCUUAUCUGAUUCCAGUAUUCAACAAUCCUACCGGCCAGACAUAUUCUGAAAGUAAGCUUUAGAUUUCUUUUUGUUCCAUCUCUGAGAUUUCAUAUUAAAAAAAUUCUGUAGUUAAUAAAGUAGAUGGUAGUGUUAAUAAACUCGUGAGGCACAUUGAGAGGUAAUACACAAGCAAAUGUUGAUAUAGACAUCGACACUAAAAGUUUAGUUAUUUCUUUAUAGUCUGUAGGGGUUGUGAAACUAGAAUGUAAGGAGUCCACUGUUCAUUAUUCAGUUGUAUUAAUUCUUUGCAAGACAGUUUUGAAAUGAAACUCAAUUAAAUUAAUUUAAUUAAACUUGAAAUACUGUUAUUACUAUUAGUAUUUUGAAAAUUGAUGAGUACUUUGAAUUAGAAGAGAUGUUUACAUUUUAGCUGUUGAGUUUUCAAUAAUUGUCAUUUGCUGUUUUUUUCAAGCCCGAUGUAAAGAGCUUAUUCAACUUGCCAGAAAGCACAACAUUCUUCUAAUAGCUGAAGAUAUUUACAAUCUGAUCCACUUUGAUGAAAGUGGACUCGCACCCCAGCGAUUACUGCAUUAUGACAACACAUCUGAUCCAGACUAUGGUGGGGGGCAUGUCUUAUCCAACGGUACGUUCUCUAAAAUAUUUGCUCCCAGUAUCCGACUGGGUUGGAUUGAAGGACCAGAGCAGCUGCUGUUCAAGAUGUACAACAGGUCAGGCCUUUUGUUCUCGAAACUAGUUUUAAAAUUAAAUGCUCUCCUUAGGAUAAAUUGAAUUCUAACAAAUUAUUCAGAAGUAAGUUUUACUGCAAUGGAGCUCAAGAAAUUUAAAAAAAAAUUUACCUGUCAAACUGUAAAUCAUUGCAUUUUUUAUGUGGUUCUCUUAACAUUUGCUUUUUAUUUUAGUAAAUAAAUAGAAUAUCUUGUACAGUAAGUAUUAUCAUUUGAUGUUGAUGAUACUUAAAAUAUCAUCAUCAUUUGUCCUUUGAGUUCCUUGUGGAGCAUAAGGCCUCUGUCAAAGUAGCACCACUUUGCACUGUCUCUUGCCAAUAUUUUUGUACUUCCCAGCUCUUUCCUGUUCUCUCAGCGUCAUCCAGCACACUCUGCCACCAUGCUCUCUCAGCCUCAUCCAGCACGCUGUGCCACCAUGUUCUCUUGGGUCUUACUCUGUGACAUUUACCCUGGGGAUUCCACUCUAGGGACUGUCUCAGCAGCUCUUUUGUUGGUGUAUUUCCUGGGGAUGUGUCUUAUCCAUCUUCAUUUUCUAUCCAUGAUUUGUUUCUCUAUUGUUUUCUGUCCACUCAUCUUCCACACCUUGAUGUUUUUGAUUCUGUUUGUUGUAGUUUCUGUUGUUCUCCCUAUUUCAGACCUGUUCAAUAGGACUACUUUCACAUUGGAGUUAAAAAUUCUUACUGUAAUUUUGGUAGAGAUGUAGGAUGAUUUCCUGACUGUUAUUAGGUGGGCUAAAGCCCGCUGUGCUAAAUGUAUCCAGCGUUUGAUGUCUUCCUCUGUUCCUCCAGGCACAUUGACCACAAGAAGCUAUCGACGUGAUCUGUGUUUUAUUUCUCUAGUUUUAUGUCAUCAUCUUGUUAGUAGUUUAUUUUUAGCAUUGUUUGUUUUGUGAUGGUUUCCAUUUAAUCCCCACUCUUUUCCCAGGCUUGUCGAAAGCCGUGAUCUUCUCUUGCAUGUUUUUUUUUUUAGUCUGUGGAUGGCUAUAUCAUCUGCAGAUUCCAAGUCUUCUCAUUUUUGUGCUUGAGUCCACCGGAUCUCUCUUCCUGAAUUCGUCUAGGCUUCUUUUGCCACCCAGUCUAGCAUUAAGAGGAAAAGGAGUGGCGAAAGAAUGCUUUACUCCAGUUGUAAUAGGGAAUUCCAUGGACAGUCUGCCGCUGUGUGCCAUUUGGCAUGUAAAGUCAUCAUACAGAUUUUUGAUGAUGGUUAAUACUUGCGUUAGAAUUCCAUAAUGCCUCAAGACUGACCAGAAUGUUUCUCUGUCAAAGGCCUUUUCAAAGUCUACAAAUUACAAAUGUUGCGCUUAGAGGAGAUUGCCAUUCGACACAUUGCUCUAUGAUGAUUCUCAAUAUUCUUCCCUUAGGUGGUCAACGCACGCUUCUUUAAUUCUGUUAAGGAGAAUGCUUAAAAUAUACUGGAUUAAAAUUUUAAAAAAUAAGUAAUAAUAUUUUGUGUAGUAAUAUUUUAAGUUAAGUCCCUUAGACUUAUUAAAUGUGUAUUGUGAUUAGCUUGAAGUUCAACAAAGAUGAACUAAGUGUACUGUUAUUAUAUUUAGUUAUCUUAAUAAACUUCCCCCCCCCCCCCCCCCCAAAUUUAGUGUACAUACCAUAAUCAAAAAGAUUUUAAAAAAUUAAUUUCAUAUUUUGCAUACAUAUUUAAAGUUUGCAUUAAUUGUCUACUUUUUCCAUUUAGUAAUCUGACAUGGAGCGGUGGCAGUUUUAACCACUACAUGGCUAAGCUUAUGGCAAACAUCUUAGCUUCAGGCAUCUUGUAUGAUCAUUUGAAGUUCACAAGGUCAGCCUAUCAGGUACAUUGUAUGUUGUACUUGGUUUAUACAGAUAGUGCCAGACAUUUCUCAAGACCUGAGUCAAGUAAAAGUGUUUCAUCAGCACUAUUUUACAAAUAUUUUUAAUCCCCAGAUGGCAAUACAUUUUUCCUGUAUUUAAUUAACUAUUUUUUUAUUACAUUUAUGUGGAUUUAACCCAGCGUCCCAAGUCUUAAACGCACACUCUCAAAUGUGAAGACCUUUACGGCUAGCUGAAGUUUUAAUUAGAAAUUUGUUGCUUUCCAUAUAAUGUAUGGAUUUGUUUUGAAUCUAAAACAAGGGGCGGUGUUUAAUUUUAAGUGUAACAGCUUCUGUAAAUAAUAAUGAGUUGGGGACUGGGUGCAUCCGACAUAUGAUUAAAAACAAUAGGGCUUAUUGAAGGGGUUCACUAUAAAGGUGACUCACGCGUCCUAAUAAAAAAUCAAAGGCAAGCAUUCAUAAAAAGUCCAACUGAGGUCAUUAAAAUUGUCCGCUACAACCGUAUGAGAUGUUCAUUCAUCUUCAGGCAUCUGUCUGGUCAGGAACAGCGGGUGAAGCUUUCAGUCAGAGCUGUGCCCUCUAUCUUUGUCUAUUUCAGCCGGAGCUUAGCCACGUUAUGAACUCCUAAUGAAAUAAGCCAUUAGGCAGUUCACUAGCUUUGUUUAGUCUAGGGGUCAUUAGUAUCAAAACCAAGAUCGAUAUUUCAUAUGGUUCUUUAUUCAACAAGUUUUCAGCAUGCCUUCUUCUUUCCACUAUCUCUCUGCACAGGCAGGUCUCCCCAUCAUCUUUGCCAUUUAAUGCAGUCCCAGCUUCUUUUGGCGGGACAUGUUGUGCCCAUGUCAGAUGACCCUUUUCCCAAAAGAGUAUUCUGGUGCUCAAGCACUGAAGGCAGUUUGCUGGUGGACAAAAGAAACACUUUAAAUUAAAAAAGUGUUGGACUGCAUGCUGUAUGGAGCCUUAUAUUGUUAUAUUGACACAAAUUGUUUGUGUCUUAUUAUUCUACUUUAAAUUAAAGAUAACCUGAAGGCCUCACUUAAAUCAUUUGAUGUAGACACGGACACAUGGGAAGAAUCUGCAAGGGAUCAAGCAUUGUGGAGUUCCUCAGUAAACAAAGGCUCCAUACAGCAUGAAGUCAACAGAACAGCAGCUGCAGAGCAAAACAGACAUGCCAGAGAAGCCCAGGCUAACUCUGCACCUGGAAAAGUCUCAUCGAUCUCCUGCACUUACUGCACAAGAACAUAUCGUGCCAGAAUCGGUCUCAUCAGCCAUCUGUGCACUCUCAGACAAGUUCACUAUUAGCAUAUACAGUGAUUAAGGUGGUCAUGGUAGACAACCUAUUUAUAUACCUCUGGUCAGGAGGAAGCCCAAGAAACAAGAGGGCAGGUGCCUGGGUUGGAAAAGACAAGGUGUGUCUUUUCGUGGCUCAGCUGGCAUUGUGAACUUUGUGCUGAGAAACAGCAAGGUCUAUAGAGUGGCCUGUGCCUCUCCCUACUGUUUGCUUUAUGUAUUGAUUCAAUAUCCACAACUACAAUAUGUUCAAUUACAUAUAGAGAAUGACCUCUUGAUAGUGUUGCUUUGGUGUGAGCUCAUUUCUGCUAACAAUUUUUCUAACUUUUAGACUUUGAAAUCAUGACACUCGUGGAAUCAUAAUCCAAUUCAUUUGAUUAAUUUACACAACCAUCAAGUUUUACUUGAUUGAGCCAGUGUUUUUCCUAGUUUAUAAGAAUUACUGUGUUGAUAAAAAUUAGAUGGGAAUUAUCAAAGGACAAUGACAUUUUUCUUUUACUUUUACAUCUAAAUUUUUUUAACAGAUUUAAUCUUGUAACUCAUGAUCUUAAUCUUCAGUGUUUCCCAGAAGUUGAACAAUGAACAGGCAAUAUGAUAUCUUUAACAAUGACUUUAGUUAGAUUAUUUACAUCGUUUUCCCAAUGCUUCAGGAAAGAAUGUUUGCACUGUGUGCCGCUCUAGAUGAACUUUGUCCAGAUGGAUGGUCCUACCCAAGGCCCCAGGUGACCAAUAAUUUUACUAAGUGUAAACAUGUUUACUUAAGAAGACUAUUAUUUUUAAAAUAUCCAUGUCAGUAAAUGAGAAAUAGCCUUGCGAUUAACUAGUCGGGGUGUUGUCCGCCUUGUUUAUUUCAGGGAGGCUACUUUUUGUGGAUAACUUUCCCACAGAACAUAGAUGCUAGAAAAUUUGAGCUGUUCGCUAGAGACAACUAUGGUGUUGGUUUUCUUCCAGGUGUUUAGUAAGUUUUGCUUGUCGGUUUAAAAAAAAUAAAUAAGACUUUUAAAUACAAAUUAUUUUGUAAUUUAAGUAUUGUAAUAUAUAGGCACACUGUAAGAAUGUUUGAUAGCCGAUGAUAUAAAACUGAUAUUUUAGUCAUAUUAUGAUGUUGUCAAUGUUUCCCCUAGCUGCUCACCAACCAACUCAUUCAUCAACUGUGCACGGCUCUCAAUAAGCAGUUUACAAGUUGACACCAUCAUUGAAGGUGCCAAAAAACUUUUCUCAGCUUAUCAAGGGUAUGUCAUUCAUAUAAAACCAAUCACUGACUGAUGGUCAGCAACAAAACAUUAGGUGCUUUGUUCACCAACUAUUCUUCUCAGCAUGUAUUGUCCAAGUUGUUUCCUACUGAUUUGAUCUAUUUUUAUCACAAUUUAAUUUUAGCUGUUAAUGAGAAUAGAUAUUUCUAAAUGUCCUAAGAUUAUUGAUGUUAAAAUCAUUUUAGCUAACUAUUGUUAAUGGUUAUAGUUUAUUUUUUUUCUAAGUAAUCAAAAAAAAAAUAUUAUUAUUGACAUUAUUGUGUUAAAUCAUUCAAUGGGCCACAGAAGAAGACUCAUAUUCCCAUUAAAAAAGAGUAGGAUAUCUGCAACAAAAAUAUUUCUGGAAAAAUAUUAUUUCCUAAAGAUCAUGGGCAAAAAUAUGAACCAUUGUUUUGCGACUGUUCAAUAUGGUCUUGAAAUUUAAUCCUAUAAGUGAAUUAAGUGUGAUAAUCAUUGUUUAACUUUUUGGUUAUUUUUUUCCACAUUCCAACUUAUUUUAAAAGUGCCGUUACUAUAAAAUAAAGUUUAUUUGUAAAUAUAUUUCUAUAUUGUUCUUGUGCCAACAUUGAACUGACUAAAUGAACGUAUAACCAUUAUUUGGUAAAUAGCUUUGAGGCCGCCAGUGCAGGAUGAGGCGGUGGAGAGACAAAGGAGGCAGUGUGGAACGAGUGAGUCUGUUGGCAGAAAGAGCGGGCAGUGGGAGAGGGUGUGUGGGUUUGAGAAGGGGAAGGUUGACACCUGGAGGUCAGGUGCUAGAUGACAUUGGUCUGAAGGAGGGCAGAUGGAACAUUGGGUGAGGGUGAAGAAAGGUAGGAAGUGCUGAUAGAGAGGUUAUUUUUUUAACAAGUUGCUGAGCUUAAAUUAGUUCAAUGGAAGGAAGUGGGUGAUAGUGUGAGGUGUUGAGUUAGGGUGUGUGGGGGUAAAGGGGCAACCAUCAUAUUGUUUCAUCUGCUUUGUUAAGACGACAUCAGAGGUCUGCAAUAAUCUUGUCAUAUUAGGUAUUUUUUUACCAAUUUCCUUUCCCAUUGUGGCUGCAAUUCAAGAUAGAUGCAAUAUUUUGGGUUUUGAUAUAUCAUUUUUUACACACACUAGUGAUAGAUGGUGUUAUUUGUUUACACUAGUCAAUGAUUUACUUCACUAGUAUUAUAACGUGUGAAGAACACAUUGAGAAAAGGUGGUUUGUUGAGUUUACGUGUAUCAAUGAUGUACUAAAAUGUAUAAUUUAUAAUCAGACUUAAUCAGAGAUAGAUCAUAUUGGUGUCAUUUGGAUCUAAUCUUUUUUUUGUUAUAGAAAAGUCUUUCAAGUUGUGAAUUUACCCUGAAUUUUCACUGUUGUUGGACUGCAUUUAUUUCAUAUUUAUCUUAUUUACAAAUCCAAGUUUAUUCUAAAACUUCCAACAUUCAGAAUUGCAAAUCACAAUAAGCCUGCAUAGUUUAUUUCAUACUCGUCAAAUCCUAAGUAGAGUUCUCUAACCCAAGGAAUUAAAAUUACUUUUUGUUUGCCUUGAAUAUUCCAGCUUUUAGGUAUUCUUACCAUAAGAUUUGUAAUGAUCCAGGGAUUCAAUCUUUUAUUUCCCAUUGGCUAACCAAGCUUCUUGCAGGCUUAUCACAUAAGCUCAUCUCACAUUUGAGAAACUUUGCUGUGAUAAUGAAGAGGAUUGGUCUCUGCUUUUGUUCAGAUUGUUACCCUUCUCCAGUAAGAUUCUUGUUUUUGAUUUACAGAUAAUUGUAUACCAG